AUGGCCGGCCGGAACCCGGGCACCGAGCUGGAACUUGGCUGGAUCUCAAAAGUGUAUGUGAAUCGACCUGCAGUGGUGAGGCAUGCAGAGCAAAUUAAAAAAUGGAAAACUCUGAAAGGUAAUUGGCAAGCAGCCUGGCUGCUGAAAGCUGUCACCUGCAUAGACCUCACCACUCUCUCAGGUGAUGAUACUCCUUCAAAUGUUCAAAGGCUGUGUUUUAAAGCAAAGCACCCUAUCAGAGAAGAUCUCCUCAAAGCCUUGGACAUGCAUGAUAAAGGUAUCACUGCUGCAGCAGUUUGUGUGUAUUCUGCAAGAGUCUCUGAUGCUGUGGGCACCCUCAAAGCUGCUGGUUGUACCAUACCAGUGGCUUCAGUGGCUGCUGGGUUUCCAUCUGGACAAACUCCUCUGGAGACCAAACUGGCUGAAAUAAGGCUGGCAGUGGAAUAUGGGGCCCGAGAGAUUGACAUUGUCAUUAGCAGGAGUCUGGUGCUGACUGGCCAGUGGGAAGGUUCUGAUUUUAUAAAGACAUCUACAGGAAAGGAGGUGGAGAACGCCACCUUUCCCGUUGGCAUAGUCAUGAUGCGAGCCAUUAAGGAGUACUACUGGAAAACUGGCUACAAGGUUGGAUUUAAACCUGCAGGGGGCAUUAGGACAGCCAAGGAAGCUAUUACCUGGCUGAUGCUGGUGAAGGAGGAGCUGGGAGUGGAGUGGCUGACCCCAGAGCUCUUCCGCCUGGGUGCCAGUAGUUUACUGGGAGACAUUGAGCAGCAGAUUUUCUAUCAUGUGACUGGCUCUUAUCCACUUCAGCAUGAACUGGCAAUGGCUUAGACACAAAACCAACUCAGGAUUACUUUUACAAAAGAGGACUUUAAGCAAACAGCAUUCAGAAGUCUUCUGACAACCAAGUGCAUAUGAUAGAAUUAAAGGCCUAAUUCUCCCUUCUUCAUAGUUCAUGGUAUUUAAAAAAUAUGCUCAAGUCUGCUGGUUGUACUUGAUCCAAAAGCAGAAAAAAGUGGCAUUUCUGAAAUAGUUAAAUAGUUAAUACAUACAGAUUUGCAAAGUUAAUCUUGCAAAGUUCCUCAGACCAGCCUGAAAAGCUUAUUAAUGGCAACACUGAAAUACUAUGAAAAAGAUUUAGGU